UCCAUCACGAAACCUCUCUUCUUCUGCGUCUUGCACACCCGGCAUGCAUUUAAACCCAGAAAAUAUGUAACGUCCUCAACCCAUAGGAAAAAAAAUAGUCCUUGUUUCCUGGUAUGGACGCGAGUGAGUUGAAUCUCUCGGAUUUGCCUUUUAUAAAAAAAGAUCGAGGCGGUUAAUGCGUUUUGCUUCUAGGCGUGCAGUAAGCGGAGGGGACGGGAUCAGUAAGGAAGGGCGAGGACCGGGAAGCAGAAGCAGCAAGCAAACCCAUCCAGCCGCCCUUGAUGGUGUCGGUCAAUUGGGAGAACCUCCUCUCCUCUCCUCUCCAUAGAGGCUUAUCAGGCGGCUCUUUGCCUUGCGCACAAGCGCCCCCGCCCGCCGGCCCACGUGAUUUCUAGGAAACGCACUUAGCGCCAGUGCAGGAAGUUUCGCUUUCCUUUCCUUUCCUUCCCCGCUUAUGUGUAUAUAUAAAGCGGUGACUUGGCUCCGGCGCCGCAGUCAUGGCUGCCUUCAUCGACCCGUUGUCUAUGUUCGGGCUGGAAGAGGAGCUGACUUGCUCCAUCUGCCUGUGCGUUUUUCAGACGCCGGUCACUACGCCCUGCGGCCACAAUUUUUGCCUGCCUUGCCUGGAGAUGACCUGGAUGGAAGUGGAGGACACCUUCAGCUGCCCCCAGUGCAGAGCCUCUUUCGAAACCCGUCCUGAGCUGAAGAAAAACACGGUGCUCUGCAAGGUGGUGGAGCAAUUCCAGAUCAGCCAAGAUGGCCUCUACAAAGAGCCGGGCGAGGAGAAGGAGAAGGCGAAGAGCAGCCCGGCCAAGCCGAGGUCUCCCUCGCCAGUGGCCUGCGACAGCUGCCUGGUGGUCGACGCGGCCAAGACCUGCCUCACCUGCAUGGCCUCCUUCUGCCAGGAGCACCUGGGGCCCCACCUGGAGAGCCCGGCGUUUAAGAGCCACCAGGUGGUUCCAGUCGUGAAGGAACUUCAGCAGAAGAAGUGUCAGGCCCACAGCAAGCUCCUGGAGUUCUUCUGCCAGGAGCAUGGAGUCCCCAUCUGCUGCUUUUGCCUGGUUUCUCACAAGACCUGCUCCACUACCCCACUAAAAGAGGCCAAGGAAGCAAAGGAGUUACAGCUGAGGAAGAGAUUAACAGAACUCCGUGACUUGAAUGACAAGGCUGCAAAGUCCAUGGAACAAGUACGAACGCAGCAAAAGCAACUCAGUAAUACCACUUGUCGGAAGUUGGAUUUGCUGAAAUCAGAAUUCCUAGAAAUGGUAGCUUUAAUUCAUGAAGAAGAAAAUAAUUGUUGGAAGAAAAUCAAAACAGAAGAAAAAAAAGUCCUGGAUAAAUGUGAAUUUGUCCAUACAGUCCUGGGUAAGAAGAAGAAUGAAAUCCAGAAGGAGCGAGAUGAAAUUGAAGUGACCUUGGCAGAGAUGGAUGACAUUACAUUUUUAAAGAGAGCAAGAAAACUGCGACAGAUAUCCUUCAGCGAUGUAUUUAUUCCCAAAAUAGAGUUGGAUCAAAACGUGCUAGGCGCUGUUUAUCAGAAAGCCUGUCACCUCAAAGAAAUGACAAAACGAUCUUUGGCUAUAACUCAGGAAGAGAAAAUAAAAGAAGGGCCACAGUGGAAACCGAAAUCAGAAACUCCCAUAUUACAACCAAGAGAAUUUAAAUCUAGUAAUCCUGGCACUUUUGUACUCCCAUUGAAGACGCCCAUGGUGGAAGAGAUAUGCCCAGCAGCUGCAGGAAAAACUAGUAUCCAGAGUCUGUGGGAUGCAGGACAGAGAAGUCGGCCUGCCAAGCGCUCGGAAAGUCCCAAGCGGAGAGCACAAAGCUGCAGCAAAGACAAAGCUGCAGCUGAGACAAAGAGUGAAACAACAACUUUGGAUGCUUUUUUAACAAAACCAAGAGAGGAGCUUCUCAAAUUUGCUACACACUUUACUCUGGAUCGCCACAGUGCUCAUAAGAAUAUUGUAUUACUGGAGAAAUGUACCAAAAUGUCCGUCACGGAAACGAUACAGGAUUACAAACCGCACCCUCAGCGAUUUUUAAGCUUCUCCCAAGUGCUUUCUUUCCAAUGUUUCAAGAAAGGAAUCCAUUACUGGGAAGUUGACCUGGACAACAACAACUUCUGUGCUGUCGGCAUCUGUUAUGGUAGCAUCCCAAGAAACGGGCCGAAAAGCCGCCUAGGACGCAAUAAUAGCUCCUGGUGCAUUGAAUGGGUCAACAAUAAAGUCUCAGCUUGGCACAAUGAUAAAGACACAUCUCUGCCCAGCAACAAAGCAAUGAAGAUUGGUGUCCUUCUAAAUUAUGAUGGGGGUUUUGUUAUUUUCUUUGGUGUCACUGAGAAAAAAAACUUCCCGCUUUAUAAAUACAAAAUAGAAUUCGCGGAAGCUGUCUAUUCUGCAUUCUGGGUGUUUUCUAAUGGAGCCACUAUUUCACUCUCCCAGCUGAAGUCAUAACAGGUUGUGCAGAAUGGCUUUGGUGCCCUCACGAAAAUAUGCACCCACAUGUUAUGAUGUUGUCUUUCCACAGGUUUUCCUUUUGAAUUAAGUUACAAAAAUGUUUUUAAAUUUUAAGCUUGCUUUUUGGAAAAUUCUGGGGUUAUUUGAUCAAUAUUUCAGUCCACUAACAGAGAUCCUUGGCAAACUCAAUGGGGAAACUUGCCUAGAGGGUUUUUAGUAGACGAAUCUAUCAGGCUUACUGUUUGCCUCAUAACUCUGAGGUCUAAGCCAUAAUGGGAUAUAGGUAUAUAAAGGUCGUCUUGGAACAGAAGCUUCCUUCAUUUCGUCUCAUGCUCUACUAUAGAAUAAGAAAUGCACAAAAUAAAACUCAUGCAUUUUCAGUGACCCAGUUGUUAACUUCUAUAUAGGCUGCACUGUUCACAGCUUUGAUUACCUUCUCUUUGGGGUGAGCACUCCUCACUUCCCAUGGGGUGAAAAUUUCAGGGGUGUUCUCUUAACCUGCAUAGAAUUUGCUACCACAUUUGGCUGUAUGAACAGUGAGCUCUAAAGGUCUUGUUUUUCAGAUGACUGAAAACAAGGUUGGGCUGGGAGACGAUGAAUUUUUUUCAUUCUUCUUCCAAACAUCAUGGAAAGAGGGGAAAGUGGUACUUUGCUAGUGCUGCUUGGAGGAAAAGUGAUAAUAAAAAGAGUAUUUUCAUUCCUGGAGCUCCUUUUUAAGACCCUGUUCCAUGGAUUUCUUUUCCUUGCUACCCUCUUUUCAGAUGCUCUGAAUAUGUCGGACAGGCCAUUUUGUGCCAUCUGAUAAAACAGUUCUUCAAAAUUAUAUGUACUUAAACUAUGUACUUAAUUAUACGUUCCUUAAGAGCUGUCAAAUAGCUUUGGACAAUGUUCUUCAGGCAAGUUAGGCCAUGAAUAUCCUUGGCCAUGCUUGCCGAAAGGAAGUGGUUAAAAAAGAUUGUCAUCUGCUUAACCCAUCUAUCCAUGUUGAACAUAGUUCUUUGAUCAAAGUUGAUUAAGAUGAUGACAUUCCUGUUCCUUGAAGGGCUAUGUACCUUCACAAUGAUGUUAUCUUCACAAUGAUGUUCUAGUGGAAGAUUAGGUAUAAUGUCUGCAUCUAAUCUUUUAGACUUUGUUCCGCUUGCCACUGCUUGAGGUAAUUAGAUUACUCUAAUUUCCUGCAUGCUAUUCACAGAGCAUAGCCUUUGAUCACAUUUGGCUGUGGAACCAAGCAUUGAAGAUCAUUUAAAGGAUUUCCAUUAAUUGUACAAAACCAUUCAGGGUGCCAUCUUUAAUUUGUGUCUGCAAGCUUCCCAGCUGGCAUUUCAACUUCAGUAUGUCUUCUGUUUUCUUUUUUAAAAAUGAGCAGUAGACUGGGACGAUCCACAGAAAUUGGAAGCGAAUGGUUUAGGAAACCCAGUUUUAGACUUCUGAUCAUUUUCAUCCUGGGAUAGGGGAGGCACCUAGUGGCACAUGGUUCUGAGAAUUGCAUAUCUAAGCCAUUGAGUACUUUGCUAAGCAUCCUCAUUCAUUAGAGGUAUUCUAAUUGGCAUUAGAAGAAUCCAUAACACGAAUGUAGUGGCUUAUGGUGCUGUCAGCUUUCAGAAAUACUUCUGCUAAAAAGUGGAAGGAAGUGUCCAUAUGAUAGAAAUAAAUAAACUACAGUUUUGGCAAAUUUAGAUUUCUGCAGGACAUAAUUUGAGAUUAAAGGACAGUCUGACUAGCAUUCUGAUUCAAUUGUAGGUUUAUGAUCGAGUAAAGGACCCAGUCUCAGGACACCACUUGUUUUCUAAGUAUGUGUUUUAUGCCAUAUUACUUGAUUUUGAGAAAUGUUUUAAAAGUUAAAUUAUGGCGGCAUUAGGAAAAAGGUGCUCUGGAAGUUACUGAAGUGGAAUGGACCACUGCAAAAAAUAAAAUGAGCAUUAUCCAUUCCUUAAGGUAACAUGGGAAAAAAGGCUUAAGUAGUGAUACAAGGUACAAAGUAAAAAUAAGAACAGAAGAGUUCCAUGAAGGAAAGACAAUCUAUAUUGAGAUCAUGGCUGUAAGAAGAUGAAAAAAAAAUGGCAUGAGAACCUGUGGUUUCCUCUGCAAUGUAACACCUUUCUUUAAGGGAAUGUGUGUGUACUAGAAUUGUCCCUCAGAAUCUUCCAUAGUUGCAUGUUUCUCUUCAUGAAAAUGAGCUUCCUGGCUUUUGUGGUGUUCUUGAGAGUGUGUGCUCCCAUAGGAAGUAUCAAUGAAGCAUUCUUUUAACAAAUCAACACUUAGAUUUAGACAUAUAUUUGUAAUUUUUUUUAAAAAAACCCACAAAUCCUAAGGCAGCAUAUAUCCAGCCUCUUGUUAUCCAAAUUCCGUGUGGAUAGCAUCCACUGUGGUGUCUUUGCUGAUAUCUAAAUGUCUUUAGAUUGUGGUUACAGUAGGUGACUCUAAUUAAUAUUGAAGUCUUAAUGAUUAUAUUGGAAUCACCUAAUUGAUCUUGAACUAUCUCUGGGACUCUUCAAGAAUCUCUUUACAUAGUUUAUUUUUUUCUUUUAAAAACAAAGAAACAAUAUCCAGGCACAAUACUGUCCUUUGGCUAAAAGUUGAUUCUUAGCCUUUGUUUCUUAUAUUACAAACAAGCCUUCUUUCAGAUCAGGCCCAAAUAAUGUUUUAUCUUAUGGCAAGUCAGCUCUUGAGAUAAUGUCAGUGGGUAGGAUCGAAGCAUAGUGAAGCAUAUUAUUUUCACCUGGUUUUAACAGAAGAUAGCCAAAUCUCAUGCUUUCGCUUUGAAAUUGUGUGUUGUUUGGUUCUGUAUCUCCAGUGGUCAUAUUUGUAUUAUUACAUUAUUAACUCUCGUUCUGUAGCCUGUGGCUUAAUAUUUUUUGCUAAGCUUUUUGGAGAUACAGGAGAUGUAUCACAAGCAAUUUUGGCAAUAACAAAACUUUGGGGAAAUGGUUUCUAUGGGACCUUUGCAGAAAAGUUGUUCAGCUUGCUAUAUUAUGGUGUGUUAUCUUGACAAUAACAUAUACAGAUUUGUGAGGCAGUUUGUGUUUUUAUUUUGCGCUAUAAGAAAAAAAAACUUUUGUAAUUUGCAUUAACAAAUAGUAGCCUCAAAAUCUCAAGAUAGUGAAGCUGUUAUGAUUUCUGCUGAAGUCUUUACCUUGCUUAAUUAAGAAUCGGCCUGUUGUCUCCCUAACUAUCAAAAUAUAAUGCGAUGAACCUCAUUGCCUGGUCUUUUAAUGAAUAAGUACUUGUUAAAUUAAAAUAAAGUUUAUCAUGGUU